GAACCUCCUGCACAAACACGGUCACAAUCACUCUGGACACAACUGGACGCAACUGGACGCAAAAUUUUCUACUCACUCUGUGAAUGGGGCGUUGAUAACCCUGCCUUGUGGGCAGGCAAGGGUAAAAAAAUAAAAUAUUCUACAUCUCAAGCCAAACACCGUCUUUUUAUUGGCAAUGUUCCUAGAAGCUGGGGUGUGGAAGAUCUGAGGAAGAUUGUUUCUGAGGUUGGACCUGGAGUUACUGGUGUUGAACUAGUCAAGGAUAUGAAGAACACCAAUAACAAUCGUGGCUUUGCUUUUAUUGACUAUUAUAAUAAUGCGUGUGCUGAAUAUUCUAAGCUAAAGAUGAUGAGCCCAGCAUUUAAGCUAGGUGAGAAUGCUCCAACAGUGAGCUGGGCUGAUCCUAAAAAUGCUGAUUCCUCUGCUGCAUCUCAGGCAAGUGAAAGACGGUGUGAGGAACUGAUUACGCAAGUUCCUGAAUCCACAAGGCCACUUUUAAGGCAAAUUGAAGCCAUGCAGAUUUCCUGUUUAAGAGCAGAACAGACUCAAUUAAGUAGGACCCUUGAAAAAGAUAGACAAAGGGCAGUUGAAAGUAGGCAGGAAUAUCUUGCAGCAAAGGAGGAAGCUGACACUCAAGAAGGUCGUGUGAGACAGUUUGAGGAAGAGAUCAGAGACAUUAGACAGAAAUACAAGCUAGAGUUACAGGAGGCACUGAUACACAGGGACCAUCUUCAGCAGGCACUGCUAUUGAUCGGGUGUGAUGUCAGAAAUUUGACUGCUGAAACACUUGAGAUUUUAAGCAAUCAAGAAGUCAUUGCCAUUAAUCAAGACUCACUUGGAGUCCAGGGAAGGAAAGUUCAAGCUUCUGGUGUAGAUGGUUGCAGACAGAUGCGUGGAACACCCGUGGGCAACAUGGAGGUGGUGAUUUCGCUGCAUAGUCUGCGUGGAUUGGUUUCUAAUUUCUUUACGAGUUUCUUUAGGGCUAUGGCCCAUGUAUUUGUUCGUCCUUAGAUUUAUAUACUUUUGGUUAAACUCUGUAUCCAGUUUUCUUUUGGGCAUCGUGGUGUGCCGUGGGUUGUAAGGAGUU